UCACACAUCAUACAGCCUUCUCAUCAUUCUUAACGUGCGUGCAGCAGCCCGCGUUCCAAGAAACUGUCCCUUUAAAAAUGCAUUAAAUACCUAACGCGGCCAAGGCGGCAACGACUCUCUCAUCACACACGUACUUGCACGCAUACCAUCAUCUGCGGCGCUCCCGUAUAUACGGCCCGUAUAUAUGCAUGCAAGAACGAGCUAGCAAAACUAAGCAUCCGAAAGACAGCGAGUGUAGGGUAAGCCUGACAGUAAGUGACGGUCGUGGUAACGUGUAUGUGGCGGGCGCCUCUCUCAACCUCCGCUCAGCGCUGGCAGCAGCAAGCUGAAGCACCGACGAGAGAAAGAGAGAGAGGGAGAGAGAGCGGCGGCGGUGGCGGCGCGACAGCGGAAUCCCGGAAAACGAAACACGGAGCAGUACACACUGCGAGAGCGAGCAGUGCAGUAACACAAGAUGGCGGCGUUUGGGUGUCGUGGGUGCUGCUGCUGUGACUGCCACUAAUACUAUAAGGCAUACAUAGAUAGAUAUAGAUACACACGUAGGGAGGCAAGCAAAGCAAGUGCAUAAAGAUACAACACAACGACGACAAAUAUACAGUAGCUCGAAGGAGGCAAGCACACUCCUCACGAGAGUGUGUGUGUGUGUGUGUGUGUGUGUGCGUGUGUGUAUGCGCUGCUGCUGGCAACGAAAGGGAGCUGCUACACCAUCGCAGGACUGGCGAGGUUGGCAGGCGUCCUUGUGGACGUUGACGAAGACGAGGACGGUGGAGUUGCCUGGGACGGGUAGUGCAGCGUGUCGCAGACAUCGCCGCCGCCGGCGAUUAGCGCUGCGCAGCCCCGGCACCUUCGGACAAUGCCUCAGGCCACCGAUUUAAGCACCCCCCGCUGCUGCUGAGCACUCUGCUAAGGGCCGCUGCUGCUCUGCGCUCUCGCCCAGUUUAGGGGUGAAUGGUAGGAUUUUCUCCAGCAAGAUCGAAGCCAAUCGAGAAGCUGGAGAAGGACAGUGGAGCUUCGGAGGAGGGGGAGAUGUCAGCCGGCACCCAGGGCGAGAUCAGGGUUGGUCCAUCACACCAGGCCCAUUUGCCGGAAUAUCGUCCGGGUAUCUCUCCUGGAGAGUUGCCUCCUGAUCCAGAACUAGAAAAAGACCGCGAAGAGCUAAGAUGGGUACCGGCGAUGACUUUGGAUAUGGACCUGCUGAUGUAUCUGAGGGCAGCUCGUUCGGUUGCUGCCUUCGCUGGUAUGUGUGAUAGCAAUUCGCCAGACGGUUGUGUAAUAGCAUCCCGUGACGAUACCACCAUCAAUGCUCUCGACACCUUGCACGAUUCGGGCUAUGACGCAGGCAGAGCACUACAAGCUCUCUACAAAUGUGCCGUGCCGAAAAUUGAUAAAAAGUGGUCUGACGAAGAAACAAAACGCUUUGUUAAAGGCCUACGACAGUUUGGAAAAAAUUUUUCACGCAUUCGCAAGGAUCUCCUACCGCACAAAGACACGCCCGACCUCGUCGAGUUCUACUAUUUGUGGAAGAAGACCCCCGGGGCGAACAACAACCGACCGCAUAGGCGACGUCGGCAAGGUUCGUUACGUCGAAUACGCAAUACUCGCAACUCGCGCGCAGGUACGCCGAAGGAAGAGCCAACGACGCCGACUGGUGGCGAAGCCCCAUCAACUGUCACAAGCCGCGAGGUGAGUUGUAGUGGAGCUAACGAGUCUGAGACGAGUAGCAACGGACUCUCGACCUCGGCCGGCCCCACUGCAAACUCUAGCAGUAACGCCAACGCUGGCGAGGUGAGCUCGGUCACUGAGGACGAUAAUUCUGAAGAAGACAGCGACUCACGCGACACGAACACCAACGGCGUCACACACUCUUGCCAACAUUGUUUCUGCACUAGCUCCAAGGACUAUCAGGUAACCGGGAAGGACAGAUUACUCCUCUGUGCGGAAUGUCGAGCACAGCUGAAGAAAACGGGCGAGCUGCCACCGGCUCCGCCCUACCUUUUCCGGCCAGUGCCGGCUGAAUCGCCAGAUUCGCCCGGUAGAAUGCGCACGCGGAAUAAGGCCAAGGAAAACCCGAGAGCGUCAAGACCACGUAGAGCCGGUGGUAACGAAACCCCAGAGCAAGAGAAGCAGCAGCAGCAGUCGUCCCAACAGCAGCAGCAGCAGCAGUCCUCGCAAUCAUCGCAAUCACAACAGCAGCAGUCGAACUCCAACGAUAAGCCCAGAAAGUCCAAGUCUUCCAAGCAGGACACACCGAAGAAAGGCCAGAAGCGUCUUUCCAGCCUCGACGAUCUCGACGAAGACAAGGAUAUGCAGAAGCGCAAGAGACCCCAGGAGCGGCCCGAAAGUCCUUCGGAGUCGCUCACCACUGACAGUAAUUCCCUUAUGGAUGAGCCCGAGCGCGGUGAACCCGAAGCCGACGCGCCUGACAGCAGCAGCGGUAGUGCCAGCGCUGCUAGUAGCAGCAGCAGCAGCAGUAGUAGUGGCUUGGGCAAUGGCAGCUGCGUGGUCAGCACAGCCAACGCUGUUACUCAGGUCGUUGUGGCGAGCAGCAGUAGCGCGGCCGACGGUAUCGUACCGGUUAGUCCCGCGACGCCGCCCGCCAUCGACGAGCCGGCUAUACAGCCGAUUUCACCACCGGCCCCACAGCAUCAGCAACAGGCUCAGCAGCAGUCAGCACAGCAGCAGUCGGUCGUCCCACCGCCACCAAUGAUCCAAAGUCUACCGAUAUCGGUGCCGGUGAUACACGCACGCGACGCCCUCGCUAGCGCCAUGGAGAAGAAGCCCAAGCUUGAGGAGCCUAUGGACAUGAAGGAGCCGACGCAGAUGAUGGUGGACGAGAAACCAACGCCAUCUAUGCAAAUGAAGCUCGAACCUCUGCCGAUGAAGCUGGAGCCGGUGCCGAUGAAGCUGGAACCGAUGUCAAUCAAGCUUGAGCCGAUGUCGAUGAAGCUCGAGCCGCUGCCUAUAUCCAUGCCACUGCCCAUGCCCGCUGUGCCCAUGGACGCAACUACCUCGCCGCCAAUCAAGGAGGAGCCGGUCGAGCCGCCCUCACGAGACACAGUCUCUGAGCCGGCGCCGCCUUUGCCGCCUCCACCACCCACGGUGGCCGAUCUCAGCCAACAGACGAUGCCGAGGAACCUGUCGAUGAGCAGUUCUGCGGGCUUGCCACCGAUUUCGCACUCCGCUGCCGCCAUUGUUUCUGGUCCAGCGGGCAUGCCAACCAAUAAUCAUCCUCUUAACAUGCAAUAUACCGGGCCGUCGGCGAUCGUAUCGGCUCCGCAGAGCGUGCCUCAAAAUUUAUCGGCCACGGGCAUACAUCUGCCGCCGGGCUUGCCCCCGCCGCCGCCUAGUCUUAUACAGUCGGCCAGAGAUCUCAGUCAGACGCAUCCCGAGAACAUGUCUACAACCACGAUAUCGUCUAGUCUGGGAAUGCCGCCUUUGGGUUUGCCACCGCCUCUAAACCUCAACGUUGCACAGAACCUAUCGGCAAGUGGUCUGGCACCCCCACCUCUGCCACCGAUGACUGGUUCGCCGCAGCCAUUGGGUCUGACGGUUCUAUCGGCGGAGAGAAUGAUGCAACCCGACCGAAUAAUGUCGGAUGACAGAAUGCCACCGGACAGGAUGAGGGAUAGUAGGUUGCCAGACAGGAUAACGGACAGGAUAGUGGACAGAAUCGGACAGUCGGACAGAAUGUCCGACAGGUUAUCUCAUGAUAGGAAUCGGGAUAGCAUGUCCGAUAGGUUAUCCGACAGAAUGCCCGACAGAAUGCCCGACAGAAUGCCUGAUAGAAUGCCCGAUAGAAUGUCCGACAGAAUGCCACCGGACAGAAUGUCUGACAGGUUAGGAGAGCGCGACGAUAGAGAACCCGAACCUCCGCCGCCACCGCAACAGACCAGGCCAGAACCAAUCAACAUGUUCCAACCCAUACAGCCUCCGCAUCCGAUGAUUUCGAGUGACAGGCCAGGGCCACUUUACAGUUUGGCUGGCACACCUCCUAUGGAACCGCAGAAUCUGAAGAUUAAACAAGAGAUCGUACCACCCGAGCCUGAUCCUCUGCAAAGCCUCAAAGAGGUCAAGGUUCCUGGUUAUCAGACUGGCUUCCCAGGCCCGAGUCUAGAAAACAUAAAGAAAGAUCCAGACAGUGCGAUCGGACGUGACAGUAGCAGCAGUAAACCGCCGACGCCGAGCAAGCACUCGUCUUCGUCAUCUUCCUCGAAUCAGCCGCCAUCGUCACAGAUGCAAUCGGUCGCGGCAUCGCCACAGCCAACUCUUCCGCCGCCACCGACGUCGAUUCCCCAGCCGGUGAUGCACCCGGUGCAACAGACGAGUCCGCACAUGGCUCACCCCUUCCACCCGCACCACCCGUUGAUGCACCCAUCGCUGUUCGCUGCCAUUCACCCGUACCACCCACACUAUCCAGGCUAUCCGGCGGUCGGCGCUUACCCUGCCUUUCCGGCCUAUCCCUAUGGUCCGGUGCCCCACGCCAUACCACCGCCAUCGCCCCAGCGCAGCGAAGCGACCACCAUGAUGACAGCCCAUCACUCAAGCAGCACCACGUCGAGCGUGUCGACGCGCGAGGAGGGCGAGAACCUUAUCGCCACCCAUCAUCACUCGUCAUCGUCGAUGCACCAGGCUACCACUUUGCAUCACGAUAAACUCCUCACCAUUUCAUCACAUAGCUCGCACAGCAGCUCACACAGCAGCUCCCAUUCGUCGCAGCACAACAGCCAGCGCAACAAACCCUCGUCGUCGCUAGUCUCUUCGGCGGCCUGCCUCAGCUCGUCGAGCUCAUUACACUCGCAUUCGCAUCAUCGACCGCCGCAGUCGCAACCGCCACAAAUCGCGCCGCUGCCGCCGGAACCCAAGAUGGAGCCUGACAUGGAGCCCGAACCCGAAGAGCCUCCGAGUCCGCGUUCUGGACCCUCACCCGAGCCUCGCAUCGAGGAUUCGGAGUGCCAUCGCUCGCAGUCGGCUAUCUUCCUACGGCACUGGAACCGCGGCGAGAAUAACUCGUGUGCACGCACAGAUCUGACCUUCAAACCUGUGCCCGACUCCAAGCUUGAUCGCAAACGAGCCGAGAGAACGAGGAAGCAGGCGGAGCGAGAGCGGGAGGAGAGAGACAGAGCGCAAGCACAACAAGCGAGAAAAAUGACGACGCCGGAAAAGCAACCGGAAACCUGUAAACCUCCGAGUCGGGGUCCCAUGGAUUCUGUGGUCUCGCCAUACGACAGAUAUGCCGCCAGACCUGGUGCUUACACAGACACUCCAGCGCUUAGACAACUCUCCGAGUACGCGAGGCCUCAUGCAGCUUUCUCACCCGCACGGCAUCCUGGUCCGCAAGAUGCUAUGCUACACUACAUGUAUGGACCCGUGGCAAGGGAGAGGCUUGAGAUCGAGCAUCUAGAACGUGAGAAGAGGGAACGAGAGAUCCGGGAACUCAGGGAGAGAGAACUCAGUGAUCGGCUCAAGUUCCAAAAAUACUCGAUCAAUAGCCUAUUUCCAAGCGAGGAGUUGUUGAAGGGUGCCCCAAGGCCAAUGGCAGCGCCGGUCGAUCCUCACUGGUUAGAAAUUCACCGACGGUAUGCAGCCAGCGGUGGAUUAGCUCCUCCAGGUCCAUCGGGUCCACCGCAAGGCUUACAAUUUGGUCUGUACGCCGUACCGCCAGGACAUAGCCAAUUGGAUAGGGAACGUCUUGAGCGUCUGGCGAUGUCGGGUUUGCUAGGAAUAGCAGCGGCAGCAGGAGCCGCGGGAGCGGGCUCGGCGGCGGCAACGGCAGCGGCGGCGGCGGCAGCGGCGGCGGGCCAUCCGUCGGCCAGCAGCCAUCCGCACGCAAGUCAGCUUGACGAGAGGUUAGCCCUGGCCGCCGACCCCAUGGUCAGGCUGCAGAUGGCCGGCAUCUCGCCCGAGUACCACGCCCACACCCACGCGCACACCCAUGCCCACACGCACCUACACCUGCACCCGGGACAGCAGCAGGCCGCGGCCCAGCAGCAGGCCGCGCAGCAGCAGCAGCAGCAGCAGCAGGAAGCUGCGGCAGCCGCCGCUGGAUUCCCCCUGCCCGCGGCGUCAGGCGGCAACUACCCCAGGCCAGGUCUGAUUGGGCGCGAGCCGACGCUCGCCCUGCACCCGGCCGAACUGCUGGGCAGGCCCUACGCGGACAUGGCCGCCGCUGCCCACCACGAGCAGCUACAGCGUCACCUCAUGAUGGAGCGCGAGCGCUUCCCGCCCCACGCCUCUCUCGUCGCUCACCACGAGGAGUACAUAAGCGUCAACACAGCAUUUAGCGCGCUAAGGACACUGAUACCGACGCAACCGACCAAUCGCAAGCUUUCCAAAAUCGAGAUUCUCAAGCUUGCCACGAGUUACAUCAAACACCUAUCGCUUCUUCUCUACGAUGAGCUUGCUGAUCGCAGGAUCUCUUGCGAUCGAGCCUGGGCUAACGCAACGAACGAGUGUUGCUUCUGCAAAGAACAAUACCACUCAACGAGGACUUCGAAACUGACAACGAGUGCGAACAUAUCAAAUGGAUCAACAUAUUCAUUAGUACCCAGUGAUCCAUCUCAUUGCUACUGAUGUUUUUACCAAAGACAACAUUAUUACCUAUAUUCUCUUCUUCGUAGUUGAACACGAAGGUUUUAAGUAUUAAUCACUUAAGAGGAACAAUGUUACCUAUUUUUCUACAUUU